AUGGUCAAGGAAACGAAGCUUUACGACACCUUGGGUGUCAAACCCGAUGCUAGUCAGGACGAGAUUAAGAAAGGAUAUAGAAAAGCAGCUUUGAAAUGGCACCCUGAUAAAAACAAGGACAACGCAAGUGCAGCUGAAAAGUUCAAAGAAUGCUCUCAAGCCUACGAGAUUCUGUCCGAUCCCGAGAAACGCAAAGUCUACGAUCAGUAUGGCCUCGAGUUUCUUCUGAGAGGAGGAGCUGCACCUCCUCCCGAUGGUGCUGCUGGCGGUUUCCCGGGCGGCGGCAUGCCUGGGGGUGGGUUCGGCGGGUUUGACUUUGGGGGCGGUGGCAUGCCUGGCGGGACUCGAACCUUCCACUUCAGCACGGGAGGUGGCCAAGGCGGCGGGUUCAACUUCCAUAAUCCCGAUGAUAUCUUUGCUCAAUUCAUGAAGCAACAAGGCGGCGGUUUUGGCGGCAUGGCUGGGGGCGGCGACGACGACUUUGGCGACGUCUUUUCGUCAUUCGCCGGUGGCAGAUCAGGUGGUGGCCGGCCCGGCCGCACUAGAAUGAGAUCGUCUGGCGCUGGGGAGCCGAGGCAACGCGAACACACGCCAGAGAUUACCACGGUAGAGCGACCUCUGCCCCUCACCCUGGAGGAGCUGUUCAACGGCGUCACCAAGAAGAUGAAGAUUAAACGAAAGACGUUUGACGAAGCCGGUAAACGGGUGCAGACGGAUCAGAUCCUAGAGGUGCCCAUCAAGCCUGGGUUGAAGAAGGGCUCAAAGAUCAAGUUUAACGGCGUUGGCGACCAGGUCGAGGGCGGUCGACAGGAUUUGCACUUUAUAGUAGGAGAGAAAGAGCAUCCUCUCUUCAAGCGAGAAGACAACGAUCUUGUCCACACCGUCGUUCUGGACUUGAAGGAAGCAUUGACUGGAUGGAAGCGGACUGUGACGACGAUUGAGGGCAAGCAAAUCAACCUGGACAAGAGCGGGCCAACACAGCCCGGAAGCGAGGACCGAUACCCCGGCUUGGGAAUGCCGAUCUCCAAGCAUGCGGGACAACGAGGCGACUUUAUCAUCAAGUACAAGGUCAACUUCCCAUCGAGCCUGACCCCGGCGCAGAAGCAAACGUUGCGAGAGAUUCUAUGA